AGCCCCGGUCCCUGCCCCUUGGCCUCGAGCCCCAGACGAGUCUGGAGCCCGCGCCGGCGACGGCUGCGUCCUCCCGGGCAUGGAAGGCGGCGGCAAGCCCAACUCCGCGUCCAACAACCGCGACGAUGGCAACAGCGUCUUCCCCUCUAAGGCGCCCGCGACGGGGCCCGCGGCGGCUGACAAGCGCCUGGGGACCCCUCCGGGGAGCGGCGGAGCCGGGAAGGAGCACGGCAACUCCGUGUGCUUCAAGGUGGACGGCGGCGGCGGCGGAGGAGGAGGAGAGGAGCCGGCGGGCAGCUUGGAGGAUGCCGAGGGACCCCGGAGGCAGUAUGGUUUCAUGCAGAGGCAAUUCACCUCCAUGCUGCAGCCUGGGGUCAACAAAUUCUCCCUUCGCAUGUUCGGGAGCCAGAAGGCGGUGGAGAAGGAGCAGGAAAGGGUUAAAACUGCAGGCUUCUGGAUUAUCCACCCCUACAGUGACUUCAGGUUUUAUUGGGAUUUGAUUAUGCUUAUAAUGAUGGUUGGAAAUUUGGUCAUCAUACCAGUUGGAAUCACAUUCUUCACAGAACAAACAACAACACCAUGGAUUAUUUUCAAUGUGGCAUCAGAUACUGUUUUCCUGUUGGACCUAAUCAUGAACUUUAGGACUGGGACUGUCAAUGAGGACAGCUCUGAGAUCAUUCUGGACCCUAAAGUAAUCAAGAUGAAUUAUUUAAAAAGCUGGUUUGUGGUGGACUUCAUCUCAUCAAUCCCAGUGGAUUACAUCUUUCUCAUCGUAGAGAAAGGGAUGGAUUCAGAAGUUUACAAGACAGCCAGAGCACUUCGCAUUGUGAGAUUUACAAAAAUUCUCAGUCUUCUGCGCUUAUUACGCCUCUCAAGGUUAAUUAGAUACAUACAUCAGUGGGAAGAGAUAUUCCACAUGACCUAUGACCUCGCCAGCGCGGUGGUGCGCAUCUUCAACCUGAUUGGCAUGAUGCUGUUGCUGUGUCACUGGGACGGCUGUCUUCAGUUCCUGGUCCCCCUGCUGCAGGACUUCCCCCCGGAUUGCUGGGUUUCUCUAAAUGAAAUGGUUAAUGAUUCUUGGGGAAAACAGUAUUCCUACGCACUCUUCAAAGCUAUGAGUCACAUGCUGUGCAUUGGCUAUGGCGCGCAAGCCCCUGUAAGCAUGUCUGACCUCUGGAUUACCAUGCUAAGCAUGAUUGUUGGAGCCACCUGCUAUGCGAUGUUCGUUGGCCACGCCACAGCUCUGAUCCAGUCACUGGAUUCUUCAAGGAGACAGUACCAAGAAAAGUAUAAACAAGUGGAACAAUACAUGUCAUUCCACAAGUUACCAGCUGACAUGCGCCAGAAGAUACACGAUUACUACGAGCAUCGGUACCAAGGCAAGAUCUUCGAUGAGGAAAAUAUUCUCAAUGAACUUAAUGACCCACUGAGAGAGGAAAUAGUGAAUUUCAACUGCCGGAAACUGGUGGCUACAAUGCCUCUCUUUGCUAACGCGGACCCCAACUUCGUGACGGCCAUGCUGAGCAAGCUGAGGUUUGAGGUGUUCCAGCCUGGGGACUACAUCAUCCGAGAAGGAGCUGUGGGGAAGAAAAUGUAUUUCAUCCAGCAUGGUGUUGCUGGCGUCAUCACUAAGUCCAGUAAAGAAAUGAAGCUGACCGAUGGCUCUUACUUCGGAGAGAUUUGCCUGCUGACCAAGGGCCGGCGCACUGCCAGUGUUCGCGCGGAUACGUACUGCCGUCUUUACUCCCUUUCCGUGGACAAUUUCAAUGAGGUCCUGGAGGAAUAUCCGAUGAUGAGACGCGCCUUUGAGACUGUUGCUAUUGACCGACUGGAUCGGAUAGGCAAGAAAAAUUCCAUUCUCCUGCAGAAGUUUCAGAAGGAUCUGAAUACUGGUGUUUUCAACAACCAGGAGAACGAGAUCCUGAAGCAGAUUGUGAAACACGACAGAGAGAUGGUCCAAGCGAUCCCUCCAAUCAACUACCCUCAAAUGGCAGCCCUGAACUGCACAUCUUCAACCACCACCCCAACCUCCCGCAUGAGGACACAGUCUCCACCAGUCUAUACCGCAACCAGCCUGUCUCACAGCAACCUACACUCGCCCAGCCCCAGCACACAGACACCCCAACCCUCAGCCAUCCUCUCGCCCUGCUCCUAUACCACAGCAGUCUGCAGUCCUCCUGUACAGAGCCCCCUGGCCACGCGAACUUUCCAUUACGCCUCCCCGACUGCUUCCCAGUUGUCGCUCAUGCAGCAGCAGCAGCAGCAGCAACAGCAGCAGCAGCAGCAGCAGCCUCAGCCACAGCAGCAGCCGCAUCCACAACAGCAGCAGCAGCAGCAGCAGCAGCAGCAGCAGCAGCAACAGCCACAGACACCUAGUAGCUCCACACCGAAAAACGAGGUGCACAAGAGCACGCAAGCGCUUCAUAACACCAACCUGACCAGAGAAGUCAGGCCCCUCUCGGCCUCUCAGCCCUCGCUGCCGCACGAGGUGUCCACUAUGAUCUCCAGACCUCAUCCCACUGUGGGCGAGUCCCUGGCCUCCAUCCCUCAACCGGUGGCAGCGGUCCACAGCACGGGCCUUCAGGCAGGGGGCAGGAGCACAGUGCCACAACGUGUCACCUUGUUCAGACAGAUGUCCUCUGGAGCCAUCCCUCCAAACCGAGGAGUGCCUCCAGCGCCCCCACCACCAGCAGCUGUUCAGAGAGAGUCUCCCUCAGUCUUAAGUACAGACCCAGACGCAGAAAAACCACGUUUUGCUUCGAAUUUAUGAUUCUUGCUGAUUGUCAAAGCAGACAAGAAAUACUCUAAUAAACAGAAUAUUCUCAGAUAUUAUUUUAUUCUAUCUCAUGAUAGAUUCCCUAUAGCCUACUCUGAAAAAAAUAUUUUAGACAGCUCUGGCCUACAUGCAAAAGUAAAAACAUAUAUACAUAUAAAAUUUAAUAUAUAUAUAUUUAAAUGCCCAAGAGAAGUUCAAAGGACUUGUAUAGCAUUCAGUGUUACAUGUCUUUCUUUUCUUUAAAACCAUUAAAGGAUUUAACACAUUGUUGUAAGACAGUUGAUUUCUAAUCUUUUACUUAAUUCCUUUGCUAUAUGUAUUUCUCCCUUUUAUGAAGCGUUCCUGGAAUCAAUGGAAAUAAAACUCUCUCUCUCUCUCUCUCUUUUUUUUUUUUUAAAGCAAUUCCAAUUAGUUCCAGAAUAGCACCAAUCAAAACUUUCUUUCAUUAGCUGUGCCUCUGCAUCUAGAUUGUUGAUUAUGCGGGAUUCAGUAAACAAAUCCCAGAUUAUAGCUCUAAAUUGUAUUUUGGUGCUUUAAAUUUUGAGUUAGGUGAAGGAAUACACUGCAUGCUCAGCCACCACAGGAAACUCACAUUGCCACUGUUAAGGCUUUCUCUAACCUCAAACAUGUUCCUUGAUUUUUGCAAAAAGGUGAGGAGGUGUUUGUUGUCCUGUGUUACUGAACUUUUACCAAGACUCAGUCAAUGUUAGUUGUAAAUAAUUUUUUUCAGCCCAAAUAAAAGUAACUAACCUGUGUUGUAUAAAGGUAAAGGUCACUAAGAAUUUAGUUUUAUUGCUUCACAUCAAAGGUUAGAGUUUUAAAUUUCACAAAACCUAAUAAUUGUGACAAUUGUUCAAAUGUAACGCAAUGGCUUGAGACCUACAAUAUUUAUUUUAACCUGCGAUACUUUAUGCAAAAUUGUAUGCUUGAAUCUACAAAUUGCUUGUAUUACACCAAAAAUCAUUACUUUCCUUCCUUCUUAACAUAAUCAAGCAUCCGAAAAUACUCCUGGCAUGCUUUUGGGGGCAAAAAAAAAAAAAAAAAA